CAUUCCCGAGGCCAUUCCCGACAUUCCAAGGCCAUUCCCGUCUCCGCAGGCUCCUUUGCCAGCACGCUGCCCACGUACCAGCAGUCGGAGGUGAUGGUUUUCAUCAUGAACAAGGUGCCUCUUCCCUCUUCCCAACAUUCCGUGGAGCCGGGAAAAGACGGGGAAAACCGGAACCGGUUGACGCAGAUCAUGCUCCUGAAAUCCCUGCUCCAGGUCUCCGUGGGUUUCCAGUGCACCAACAUGCUCACGGCUCUUCCCAGCGCGUUCCUGGACCGGCUCCUCUCCUCAGCCCUCCUGGAAGAUCCCGAAAUCCGCCUCUUUGUCCUGGAAAUCCUCAUCAGCUUCAUCGACCGCCACGGGAAUCGCCACAAGUUCUCCACCAUCAGCACCAUCAGCGAUAUCUCCGUCCUGAAUCUGAAGGUGGAGAAAUGUUCCCGCCAGGAUUCCGUCUUCAUGAAGAAGGUAAUUCCAGGAUUUGGGAAAAGCUGGAGUGGGGUCACAGCAUUCCCAGGCCUUGGAGCUCCGUGAUGCCGCUAAAACCCGGGAAUAUCCCUGGAAUUUCAAUCCAGCAGGACAAGAGGGCUCGGCCUCCAGCUGGGCCAGAGGA